UUUCUCUUCUCACAUUCACAACAUCAGAGACCAGCUACAGGCGAUUCGAUAGGAGCAAAUCCCUUAAUCUUCCAAAUCUUUUUUCUGGUUUGCUAAGCAGGCAAGAAUGGGGUGGGGCUUCCACUUGUGAAAGAAAAAAGAAAAGAACUUCUGCUGGAUGUUCCCUACACAGGAGAACAUGGCCAAGCGAGUGGCAGUUGUGGGAGCCGGGGUCAGCGGCCUGGCCGCCAUCAAGUGCUGUCUGGAGGAAGGGCUGCAGCCCACCUGCUUCGAGAGGAGCGACGACCUUGGGGGGCUGUGGAGAUUCACCGACCAUGUCGAAGAAGGCAGAGCCAGCCUCUACAAGUCGGUGGUUUCCAACAGCAGCAAGGAGAUGUCUUGUUACUCAGACUUUCCAUUCCCAGAAGAUUACCCAAACUAUGUGCCAAAUGCUCAAUUCCUGGAAUAUCUCAGAAUGUAUGCAAAUCGGUUCAACCUUCUGAAAUGCAUUCAGUUCAAGACUAAAGUCUGCAGUGUAAGCAAACGCCCAGAUUUUACCGUCACCGGCCAAUGGGAGGUGGUCACUCUGCGUGAAGGGAAGCAAAAGUCCGCCAUCUUUGAUGCUGUCAUGGUUUGCACUGGUUUUCUUACUGACCCAUAUUUGCCACUGGACUCCUUUCCAGGUAUACAUACCUUUAAAGGCCAGUACUUUCAUAGCCGACAGUAUAAACAUCCAGAUAUAUUUAAGGAAAAGAGGGUUCUUGUGAUUGGACUGGGAAAUUCUGGCACAGACAUCGCUGUGGAGGCUAGCCACGUGGCAAAGAAGGUAUUCCUCAGCACCACUGCGGGGGCCUGGGUGAACAGCCGAGUCUCCGACUCGGGGUUCCCAUGGGACAUGUUAUUCAUGACGCGAUUUCACAACAUGAUCCGAAACUCUCUCCCAACUCCCAUUGUGACUUGGUGGAUCGCAAGAAAGAUGAACAGCCGGUUCAAUCAUGCAAAUUAUGGCUUAGAACCAGAAGACAGGACACAGCUGAAAGAGCCCGUGCUAAAUGAUGAGCUCCCAGGCCGUAUCAUCACCGGGAAAGUGCUCAUCAAGCCAAGCCUAAAGGAGGUGAAGGACAACUCUGUCAUAUUUAACAACAGCCCAAAGGAAGAGCCCAUUGACAUCAUUGUCUUGGCAACUGGAUACACCUUUGCUUUCCCCUUCCUGGAGGAGACCGUAGUGAAAGUUGAAGAUGGUCAGGCAUCACUGUACAAGUACAUCUUCCCUGCGCAUCUGGAAAAGCCCACCCUGGCUGUGAUUGGCCUCAUCAAACCCUUGGGCUCCAUGAUACCCACAGGAGAAACGCAAGCUCGAUGGGCGGUUCAAGUCCUGAAAGGUGUGAUUAAGUUACCACCAGCAAGUGUCAUGAUAGAGGAAGUUACUGCAAGAAAAAAAAACAAGCCCAGUGGGUUUGGCUUCUGUUACUGCAAAGCUUUACAAUCAGAUUAUAUCACGUACAUAGAUGAACUCCUGACUUCUAUCAAUGCAAAACCCAACCUGCUCUCCAUGUUCCUGACGGAUCCACGCCUGGCUUUGACCAUCUUCUUCGGCCCGUGCACACCAUACCAGUUCCGCUUGACUGGCCCGGGGAGAUGGGACGGAGCCAGAAAUGCCAUCUUGACCCAGUGGGACCGAAUGCUCAAGGUCACCAAAACUCGAAUCGUCAAAGAAUCCCCAUCUCCCUUUGCAAGUGUACUUCAACUCUUUAGCUUUCUGGCUUUGCUUGGGGCCAUUUUCCUGAUCUUCCUAUAAAUAAAAGAUGACCUAAAUGCCUUGUCAGAUGCAUAGAGUAGAUUCCCCUGCCUGUCUUUGAAUCUCUGCCAAACACUAGUGAUGGUAGCUGAGUUUCUUGCUAUUGAAAGCUCUGUCUUCGUUGGGAAGGCUGACCAACUUAACCAAUGAGAGAAGUCAGACAAGGACGUGUCCAUUGAUUUGUCCAAAGUAACAGAGCUAUUAAGUGGCUGAGGCAGGACAUACAUCUCCAGAAAAUACUUCCAGGGCUUUGAAUCCACCUGUGAUUUCCAGUGUUCAGAUACUUCAGAGGUCUUAAUAGUGACAUCAUAAAAGUCAUAUGACAAGAAUGGCACUCCAUGAGAAUACCUGUACUCUGCCUAGGAGUGUAUGUCAACCUGCCUUCUGGGACUUGGCGGUCUUUUCCUUAUGUACACCACUGUGUUUCUGAAUCUCCACAUAAAUCCUUCUCCCUGUUUCUCCCUCCAACUUCGUCUGUGACCGUGACCACACUGGGCCUACUCCAUGGCCACCAUGUAGAAUAGACUCCAUAGAAAGAAUGGGUCCUCAUGCCUACUCUUAAAAUUAUUCCAUAAAUCACUCUGAGAAACAGUAUUUUUUUUUCACCCAUUCACUAAAAAAUUAAUUUAGUGAGGUCCCAGAAUUCUAGUAAAAGAGGAAACAUAUGAAACACUGGCCUCUUGCACGCAUCCUUUAAAUCAGGGCUUCUGAGGCAUUUCAUCUGCAAGAGUGAUUUGACAUUCUUUCUAGUGUAUACAAACAGUGGCCCCUGCGAGGCCCAUUUUAAGUCAAGAUGUCUGUCUUCGUACAUUUCAAGGCUCUGGAUCUUUCAACGUGCCCCCCACUAUGAGGGAGGCACUUAGAGAACUGAGCCCAGUGUGGAAAGCUCUGCCACUUAGUAGUCCCAUGAGCUGGAGCAGGUCAUUCACUUUUCCUAAGCGUCACUUCUCCUUUCUAGAACAUAGGAGUUAACGUACACCCUACUUCAUGAGGGCGUCAUAAGGAGUAAAUGGUGCGACCUACAUAAAAUGCUUAACUUAAGUUCUGAUACGUGUUUACUGACAGCUAUUACUACCAUCAUUACCAAAGCUGUCUGCCUAUCUUACUGCUUGCUUUAUUUUAUUUUUUCAGAGCCAUAGACCUAGCUCCUCAUUGGACAUUCCCAGCAGAAUAUGUCAUGGGCUUCUCAAACGCAGAGGUUAAACAAAAUUAACCUCAUUAUCUUUUCCAACAUUCUCCCUCUCACUCCCUGAUAUCAUCCUCCUUACCCCCUGUAGGGAAAAUAUAUAUUAUAUAUUUCAAUAAAUGAUUAUACAGAACUGUGCAAUUUAAAAAUAAGCGGCACUCAAUAAAAUUUGUUUUCUUCUUUCAUAGUCAAAUGAAUGAAUACAUGAAAACAUAAAUAAAUAAAUAAGCAUUGUUCACAGUGCAGCCUUGGGGCUAUCUGAUUUUGAAUCUAUGGAAGCUAUUUUAAAAUUCUGUAAAUUAUAGACAACAGCAAUGUAAAAUAACUCUUGCGUAUAGACGUGUAAAUUACAUCCAAUAAAGGUUCAGUUGGCUUCUG